GGCUUAAACUGUUAUGUGCACCAUGAUAAUGCUUCAGACCUGGUGAGACGGUGGGCGCCAUGCAGAGACGCCACAGCAGUAACACCGAUGGCAUGCCACCCGAAAGGAACAGGACUCAGACCCUUGGAUCAGAGAGCAGCCUGGACGAAGGAGGUGUGUUUGAUUGCUUGAAGCCUGAGUCGCCCACCUCUCCCCAGCAGCUCUUUUCGGGUCUGGUGGGCGUCUCGACAAGCUCUGUGACCUCCACAUCGUUCCAGGCUGCAGGACUCGUCCUGGGAUCUCCUCCAGAGGUCUUCAUCCAGAUGACUGCCUCGUCCAGGGAGGAAGGCUCUCACCGGGCGGAGAAUCCUCCCUUUAUGCCUCGCCCUGUGCAGCACCAUCACCACCUCCAACACCAUCAUUUUCAUCAGUCGGGGCAGCAUCGUUCGUCCUUGCUCCAUUCUGCCUCUUCAGCUGAGAGACGGGGCAGCAGGGAUGAUGCGGGUGAUGAAGCAGCUGCUCCAGCCCCGGCUCUUUCUGAGCUCAAGGCGGUGGUCACCUGGCUGCAGAGAGGAUUCCCCUUCAUCCUCAUCCUCCUCAUUAAAGUCUGCUUCCAGCACAAGCUUGGUAUUGCCGUGUGCAUUGGCAUGGCCAGCACGUUCGCUUUCGCUAAUUCGACUCUGAAGCACCAGGUGUCACUGCGGGAGGAGAGGUCUGUUUUUGUUACUGUUUGGAUCCUGGUGUUUCUGGCAGGCAACAUUUUGUACGUGUACUACACGUUUAGUGCUGAGGAGCUGCAUAACAGUCUCAUAUUCGCCAAGCCCAACAUCAACACCUAUGAUUUCUUCGAUCUCAUCUGGGUGGUUGGAAUCACAGACUUUGUCCUGAAGUACUUCACCAUCGCUGUCAAGUGUCUGGUUCUCUUCCUCCCUAAAAUCCUCAUGGCUUUUAAAUCCAGAGGAAAGCUGUAUCUGUUGAUCGAGGAGCUCAGUCAGCUGUUUCGUGCCUUGGUGCCCAUCCAGAUGUGGUACAAGUACAUCAUGGGGGAGGAUCCAUCCAGCAGCUACUUCCUGGGCGCUACACUGAUUAUUAUAUACAGUCUGUGUAAGUCUUUUGAUCUCUGUGGAAGAAUAUCAGGGAUCCGGAAAGCGUUCAUCAUUCUGUGUAGCUCUCAGAGUUAUGGUAUGAGAGCCAGCACUCAGCAGUGCAGUGAAGCGGGAGACGUGUGCGCAAUCUGUCAGGCUGCAUUCAGAGAGCCGAUCGCUCUUCACUGUCAGCACGUGUUCUGUGAGGACUGUCUGUGUCUGUGGUUCGACCGGGAACGGACGUGCCCGCUGUGUCGUGCGGUGGUGGUGGAAACGCCCCGAAGCUGGAAGGACGGCACCACAUCUGCUCACUUUCAGAUCUACUGAUUCAAUGAGGAUGUCCAAAUCCUUCAGACAAGAUGUGUUUGGUGUCUGAAGUAUAUUGUAUCACCCAAAAUAAUUGCCAUGCAGAUACAAUCUACAGUCAUAAGUAUGCGGACGUCUAAUGAAUAGCUUGUUGGACAUCCCAUAAUCCCAAAAUGUGUGCCUGUUUAAUCAAGAAAACAUGUUUAUGAACCUUGCUUUGUACCUGGUGUACCUGGUGUUUAUGCUGGAACAGGAAAGAGUCUGUUUGUAUAUAGCUGCACUGAUACACCUGUUAGCAACGAGUGUGGCUGAAAUACUUAAUACCAAUAAGGCUGUUGAAAUACACUGAUCAGCAA